AUGACGGUCAUCAUCGGGAGGCUGUGGCGCGGGGAGACAGAGUACAAGCAGAGAGACACUCGAGAGGAGAGACGACCGCGCCGCUGCUCGCCAGAUCCAUCCCCGAUCGCGCCCAGGCCGCAGUCCAGACCCCACACGUCACCAGCCGUCCUCCUGGGCCCCACCUGCCUUCUCCGGCCCUGCCCAGAUCCUCGACGAUCCUCUCUCCCGCCGCCUGCCCGCCCGGUGCUCCAGCGUCGUCGGCGCACUCCCGCGGUGGCGCAAAGGGAAGGAGGAGUGCCGGAUCGGGAAAGGGAGCAUCAGCAUUGGGAGGCGAGGCCAGGCGAGACGCGUGUUGGCCUUUCCCCGCGCGCAUCCGUCAUCUCGCUGACAGCCGCUUCUGCCUCCGAACUCUUCUCGCGCACGGACCAUCCUGCGGUCCAGCCCUUACACGUAAACCAGGGUCUCGCCCCGCUAGCCUCUCUCAUCCUCACCCUCUGCCCUCCCUCUACCUGGGCUAACUAA